AUGUCGCCAACGCCGCCGAGAGGGAAGAGACGACGGACUGAAGAGUCCGAUACUGAGGGCAGCGGAACUGUGGCGGAUGCUGGACGAGAUGCCGGUAACACCAAGGCAAACACAAGCAUUCCGCGGCCGCAGCCGAUGAGUGAGGAUGUGAAUGGCAACCCUGAGUCCAUGGAUGAAGCCGAAAAGAGAUAUCGAGCCUGGCGCAAGAAAGGGUCUCCUCAUGAUCCCUUUUGCUUCAUCUGCAAACAGGAAACGGACCUGCUGGACUGUUACACCUGCAGGAGAUCAUAUCAUCAGCGCUGUCUAGACCGGCCACUUGAACACUUUAAUCGAAGCAACAACUUCUUCUGCCGGGUUUGCGUUAACCGGCAAUGGCAUGAGCACCUCCCGCCGCCCAGCCCGCCGCCAUCUCCACCGUUGGAGAGACAGAGAGUUGCCCUGCCCAGCCACAGGCCGAGCGUGCAACCAGGCGCCGAAGUUCGACUACCGUCAAUCUCGCCCGCCCCUGCUGCAACAACCAGCCAGAAUGCUCAGUCUUCGGGACAGACGUCUUUCACGUGGUUGUCGCAGAACCAGUUCACGGCUCCUCUUACGCGCUCGAGUACGACUGCGAGUCCACGAACGGCAACGCCGCUUUCAGGCGUCAUUAAUCUUAGCGGCCCUGGUCGGAGCAUCGUGUCUGGACCGCGCGGUCCCCGGUCGCGGUUCUCUACCCUGUCUGCGGAAGUCGAUGAUGCCGUCUCUUUGCUUCUCAGGGAGCUAGAGUAUCUCGGAGACGCCAGGCAAAAGAUCUCACAGCUCGAGGACGUCAUCGUGAGGCUACAGCAAGACGUGCGAAUCAAUGAGAAUGCCCUCAUCCUGGCGCAGCGUAACGCCGCGUCUUCGAGCCAGCGCGGCUCGGAAGCUCUACGGAUGGAGAACGAACGGCUGAAGAAGGAAAUGGACGACUUGAAUCGUCUUUUAGCAGACGAGAAGUCUCGGUCACAGUUCUACAAGGCGGACGCCGAGCACUGGAGGUCACAGGCGUCAAGUAAGCAGGCCGAGUUGGAAGAGCUUAGGGGGAAGUUGAAAGGCUUGCUCGGCGGAUAA